ACGUGCCUGUCAAACCCCACUGGCUCGCGCAGCCGUCAACACAACACAGGAAGAAGCUAAGCUAACCAAGCUAACGAAAACACAGCGCUGCGGCGGAUACGUCGCUCGUCACUGGUGUUACUGGGCCUGCUGGUGUGGAGCUGGUGGUUGUUAUGGACAGGGAGACGGGUUCUGGAGACAGGGAGUGAGCGGGGACGAGGAUGACGAGCAACCGCAGCAGCAGCUCGCUAACUCCGGAGCUAGCAGGCUAACUAUCAGCUGUUGUUUUGGUAGUUUGGCUAACACGUCAAAAGUGUUUCCUCACAGCAGCCUGCGACACCAGAGCUUCACCACAGACACACACACACACACACACACACACAGCGUUUCCUCUUUCCUCCUCCGUCAAGGUUAAUGGCGACACACACAGCAGCACCAGCCUCACACAUUCACCAGCGGGCCGUCUGUCAGCUGCUGUCCGGCGGGCGGUGACUCCCCUGCGGGGUCCAUCAUCCAUCACAGGGGUCCGUUAUCGAACAUUGCUCCAAGAUGCACGACGCGUACGAACCGGUGUCGAUUCUGGAAAAGCUCCCGCUCCAGAUCGACUGUCUUGCGGCCUGGGAGGACUGCCUGCUUGUGGGUACGAAACCAGGGCAUCUCCUUCUCUACCGGAUCAAAAAGGAUGCAGGUACCAAUCGGUUCGAGGUGACGCUGGAGAAAUCCAAUAAGAACUUCUCAAAGAAGAUUCAGCAGCUUUAUGUUGUUGCCCAGUACAAAAUCCUUGUCAGUCUUCUUGAGAACAACGUCCACGUCCAUGACCUCCUGACGUUCCAGCAGAUCACUGUCCUGUCCAAAGCCAAAGGAGCUACACUCUUUGCAUGUGAUCUGCAGCAAACCAGCCCAGGGGAGGAAAGGCUGAGAAUGUGUGUUGCGGUGAAAAAGAAGCUCCAGCUGUAUUACUGGAAGGAUAGAGAGUUCCAUGAGCUGCAGGGCGACUUUGCUGCACCAGAUAUUCCGAAGUCCAUGGCUUGGUGUGAAAACUCCAUAUGUGUUGGUUUCAAGAGAGACUAUUACCUUAUUCGGAUGGAUGGUCGCGGCUCCAUCAAGGAGCUCUUCCCGACUGGGAAGCAGUUGGAGCCUCUGGUUACACCACUGGCUGAUGGGAAGGUGGCUGUGGGGCAGGAUGACCUCACUGUUGUCCUGAAUGAAGAGGGGGUUUGCACCCAGAAGUGCGCCCUGAACUGGACAGACAUCCCUAUAGCGAUGGAGCACCAGCCUCCGUACAUCAUCGCCGUUCUCCCCCGGUACGUGGAGAUCCGGACCUUCGAGCCGAGGCUGCUGGUGCAGAGCGUGGAGCUGCAGAGACCUCGCUUCAUCACCUCCGCAGGGCAGAAUAUUGUGUAUGUUGCCAGCAACCACUUUGUGUGGCGCCUGGUGCCUGUGUCCAUAGCCAGCCAGAUCCGGCAGCUUCUCCAGGACAAGCAGUUUGAGUUGGCUCUUCAGCUGGCGAAGAUGAAGGAUGAUUCCGAUGGUGAUAAGAAGCAGCAGAUUCAUCACAUCCAAAAUCUCUACGCCUUCAAUCUGUUCUGCCAGAAGAGAUUUGAUGACUCCAUGCAGGUGUUUGCCAAACUCGGCACAGAUCCCACACAUGUGAUCGGACUGUACCCGGACCUGCUCCCAGCUGACUACCGCAAACAGCUGCACUAUCCUAACCCACUACCUACGCUGUCCGGGGCGGAGCUGGAGAAGGCUCACCUCGCUCUGAUUGAUUACCUCACCCAGAAACGCAGCCACCUGGUGAAACAGCUGAACGACUCGGACCCUUCCACGACAUCUCCACUCAUGGAGGGAACACCGACUAUUAAGAGCCGCAAAAAGCUCCUGCAGAUCAUUGAUACCACUCUGCUGAAGUGUUACCUACAUACCAAUGUGGCCAUGGUGUCCCCCCUCCUGCGCCUGGAGAACAACCACUGCCACAUCGAGGAGAGCGAGUACGUUCUCAAGAAGGCUCACAAGUACAGUGAGCUGAUUAUCCUUUAUGAGAAGAAGGGCCUGCACCAGAAAGCUCUGCAGGUGCUGCUCGACCAAUCCACCAAGGCCAACUCUCCACUGAAGGGCCACGAGCGAACAGUGGAGUACCUCCAGAGACUGGGAGUCGAGAAUCUGGGCUUCAUCUUUGAGUUUUCACCCUGGGUGCUGAAGAUCUGUCCUGAGGACGGUCUGAAGAUUUUCACUGAGGACCUGACGGAGGUGGAGACUCUGCCCCGGGACAAGGUGCUUAACUUCCUGAAAGAGGGCUUCACGGAGCUCGCCAUCCCAUACCUUGAGCACAUCAUCUACGUGUGGGACGAGAAAGGCCCGGAGUUUCACAAUGUGCUGAUCCAGCUCUACCUGGAGAGGGUUCAAGUCCUCAUGAAAGAGUACCUCAACUCACUGCCUGAAGGGGUCCCAGCUGUGGCUGCAGGGAAGGAGAAGGGCAGCCUGGGGGAGUUCAGGAUGAAGCUGCUGUCUUUCCUGGAUAUCUCUACCAGCUAUGAACCAGCCAGACUCAUCAGUGAUUUCCCCUUUGAUGGUCUGCUGGAGGAGCGAGCUCUGCUUCUGGGUCGGAUGGGCAAACACGAGCAGGCGCUCUUCAUCUACGUGCACGUCCUGAAAGACACCCACAUGGCUGAAGAAUACUGUCACAGUCACUACAACAGUUCAGUGGAAGGAAAUAAAGACGUUUAUCUGUCUCUGCUGCGAAUGUACCUGUCGCCCCCUGAUGUCCACUGUCUGGGGCCCAUCAAGAUGGAGCUGUCGGGGCCUCAGGCCAAUCUCCAGGCUGCCCUGCAGGUCCUGGAGCUGCACCACAGCAAACUCAAUACCAGCAAGGCCAUCAACCUGCUCCCGGCAAACACUCAGAUCAGAGAGAUCCGGGUUUUCCUGGAGAGCGUCCUGGAGGAGAGGGCUCAGAGGAAACGCUGCAACCAGGUGCUGAAGAGUCUCCUGCAGGCCGAGUUCCUCAGGGUGCAGGAGGAGAGGAUCUUCCACCAGCAGGUGAAGUGCGUCAUCACGGAGGAGAAGACCUGCAGAGUUUGCAAAAAGAAAAUAGGAAACAGUGCGUUCGCCAGGUAUCCCAACGGCGUGGUGGUUCAUUACUUCUGCUGCAAAGACCGCACGCUGUGUCCCACCGAGCAGUGACAGCCUCUGCUCCCUGGGACGCUCCAUCAUGAUCCUCCUCCUUCCUGCUCGGGGAGUCACUCCUCGGACGCCCGUGAAGAAGAGAAACACCAGAGAGGCUGGAAGGUGCUCUGAAUCCAAAGCAUCUUGUGGGACUUGCGAGUGCAGACUUUUUUUUUUAUUUUGGAAGUUAACCUUGGACACCGCUGUUGUGGAGGCGCUCGACUCCCCCCCCCCCCCCCCCUCCGGGUGGAAUCAGAGCUCCCCUCUGAAAGCAAAAGGCCGCAGCUUUCUGACUCUUUGCAUGAAGUAACAGGAGGAAUGUCCCAGGUCGCUCGGCCGGAGGAGAGACACGAAGAGAGGGAGGGAGGUGGACUCUGACAUUUUGGAAAACAUGUCCCUGUAACGCGAGGAGGGAUCUGUUCUCGAUGGGAAGUUCUAUUCUCUCUCUCUCCAUCUCUUCCUGUGUCUCUCUCCCCUCCUGUAACACCGUGUGGGCCUCGAACACUGCUUCUUAUGCCAUAUCCACCCUGAACUGCUCAAUGCCUUGUGUGACUGAAGAUUGUUCUUACAAUGAGGUCAGGUGUCUUUUCUUUGAGCAUGUGCUGGUACUGCAGUCGCCUCACACUGUGUUUCACCUUCUUGUUCUGUUUGAUUGAAAAGUUUGAGGCGACUUCUCCAACUAACAUUAUUCAUAUUUAUGUUUUGUUUCUUCUUUUGCCGUCUUUGUGAAGUGACGACGACGACAUCCACGCUUUUAACGCUUUGGUUUCUGUUUCUUUCUCAGUCACAUCAGAAGUUUAUGAAGAAGAAUUAUAAUCUAAAGUGAGACUACGUACAUUUAACAGCACCCACCAGUCGUAACUACAGGAUAGUAUUGAUUUGCUGGUUAGCUGCUUCCUUUCUCUGUUAUCGGUGAGAGUAGAGUGAAGGUUUUCAACUGUUCAUUCACAAGAAAAUAUAUUAGAAAGUGAACUAUUAAUCAAUAUUUAGCAGCUGAUAUAUCAACAAUGAUCAUAAGUUACAGCCCGAUAUCAGAGAUCGGUCAUCCAGUGAGAGAGCGAAGCAACAUCUAGCUAAAGUUUAUUUGAAUGAGUUAGCAUGAGCCACCGUGCGUUACGUAGUCUCUCUCUCAGAUGGGUCACAGCACUUUAACAGUGGACGGAUGUUUGGUUUAUUUAUUGUGGAAUCACGUAUCCGCGCGAUAAGAACUGGAAGUGAUGUGAAUGCCUGAAGGUGUGAUUGAUCUGUGCUUUUAAAUUGGCAAUAUUGUAAUAAAGUGUCUGUUAACUCUCCACGUGGGAGGUCGCUCCAGAAGCAGGACUCCAGUUCAUCAAGAGAAGAGAUGCAAACUUCAUUUAAAUUAGCUUGAAUUGAUUUUGGUUCCAAACUCAAUUGCAACUUCAAGGUUUUUUAAAUGCAUCAAAAUCUAUAAAUAAGGGCACAAAAUGUCAAAUAUUAAAGAAAGCCAUAAAACAUU